GGUUUGUUUUUCUUUCUAUUUUUUCCUUCGUUUCGAUUUAAAAUCCUUUUUCUGCCCCUGGAUCCCAUGCAGGGACCACGUUACAUUCAUCAUCUCUUCAGGCUCCUCUUGCCCAGCGGUUUCACAGACUUUCUGAUGGUCUUGAUGGCUAGAUGUUUUCUAAUGCUCCUCUGCUGGGAUGUGUGGGACUCUUGUUCUUCCCGUGGUUAUGCUGGCAUUAUGGGUGCUUGGGGAAGGGCCAUGUCCAUCUGUGUACACGGUGCACACUGCCAGUGUGGUUUGUCACCUUUGGCCUGAUGACUGAAUGAAGUCACAUGUGUCGGGUUUACCGCUGGCAAGUUACCCACACCCACUCCAUCCCAUCCUCUUUAGGGACUUCCCUUGCUCUUGAAUGUUUGCAGUUCUGUGUGAGAGGCAAAUAACCUCGUCCUACACUGACUAAAGAUCAGUGUGGUCUUACAGGUGUUAACCUAAUAUAACUUUAUCUCGCUCAGAUUGUUUUAGCUUUGACCCUUGUGAGCUCUUUUUUUUUUUUUUGUUUUUGUUUUUUUUUUUUUUGUUAAAGAUCUUAUUUAUUUAUUUAUUCAUGAGAGAUACAGAGAAAGGCAGAGACACAGGCAGAGGGAGAAGCAGGCCCCACGCAAGGAUCCCGAUGCGGGACUCAAUCCUGGGUCUCCAGGAUCACGACCUGGGCUGAAGGCAAUGCCAAACUGCUGAGCCACCGGGGCUGCCCUCCCAUGAGCUCUUUAUUUAGCUCCUAUCUCUCUUUGAUGUACUUGUUGUUAUGGGAUUUUGUGGUGGCUUUUAAGUUUAAGAACUUUUUUCAAGCUUUAUUUAUUUGAGAGAGAAAACAGGAGCAGAAGGAGGGGCAGAGGGAGAAGCAGGUUCCCAUCCCAGGACCCUGAGGUCAUGACCUGAGCCAAAGGCAGCCACUUAACCGACUGAGCCACCCAGGUGCCCCUAAAAAACAUGUUUUUGUUUUUGUUUUAGCACUUCUUCCUCAGGCUGGAGUCAGCCACUUCUCCUGGAAGCUCUGUUAUUGCAGGACACCAUCAGAGAUGAUGCCCUGAGACCCGGGGUGUCUGUCCCUUAGGCCUUUCAGCUGACAAAGCAGAAAAUAGGUUUCCGUUAACCCCUGCAUGCACAUAUUCUGUACUUGAGCACUGCAGGGAUCCUUGAGUCCAUACUGAUGUCCAGCUCCAGUCCAUCUCCACACGGCUCGUCCAGCUAGCAUUCCUUGCUUAUCUGUAAUCUGCUGCUGAAGCGGUGAGGCCUGCCUCCCCCACCACCACCCAGUUUCCCGGUCCCGUCCAGCACGUGCAUGGACCCGGGUAUGGUGCUUGCGUGCAGUUUGAAAGAAGUUUUGGUAUGAAGGCCCUUCGUUGGGUUCUCACUUGCAUGGAGACGUACAAGCCGUCCCGGUUGGACUUCCUAACGAAGACUACUGCAAAGAAACCCAGGAGGGACGACCAUGUGCGCCUGCGGGCACUGAACGGCCUCCUCUACAAAGCACUGAUGGACCUGCUGUGCACCCCUGAAGUGAGCCAAGAGAUCUGCGACCUGGACGUGCAGCUCUCCAAGGUCUCUCUGACUGCAGACUUCUCAGCCUGCCGUGUGUACUGGAAGACCACAGUCUCCGCCAAGCAGAGCGCACACACAGAGGCUGUCCUGCGGGGGAGUGCUGCCCACAUGAGGCACCUUCUGAUGGCCCAACAGAUCCUAAGGAACGUGCCGCCAAUAGUGUUCAUUCAGGACAGAGGCAGUUUGGCUCUGGCGGAGGUUGACCGGUUACUGGCCAGUGCUGAUUUUGGAGCCCCGGACAAGAAAGAAGACUCUGUGCAAGACGAUGUCAGGAGUCCCAGGGCCCUGGACGCUCCUACACAGCAAGUCACUCUGGCCUCCACUACGUGCUCAAGUCUGUGCGGCAUUGAUCAUGAGGCGCUCAACAAACAAAUCAUGGAGUACAAGAAGCAGAGAGGGCAAGGCUGUAGGACUGUGAGCCCUGAGGUGUCGCAGCUGACAGCUGGUCUGGCAUCACAGACAAGAGCAGGAAAGGUGGUGGCUGUGCCCUGCGCAGACGGUGACCUCUCCCCCAGGAACCACCUGUCGGGGGCGGGGAGCACUAAGCCCCACCCUGACCUCAGUGGGGCUUGGGGUGUGGACAGCAGCUCCGAGGAACAGAGCAGGGGGCGGUGAGGGACCAAGGCAGGAAGGGUGGAGGUGACCAAGUGGCGGGGAGGGGGUGAGGUUCCGGCUCUGCCAGCAGAACCACGGGCUCCACAUGUACUGCACAGCCUGGCAGCGGGUGGACUCAUAGCUCUAGCUUGGGUUAGACGCCUGUGGAAAUUCUUUAGGUGGAUGGCACCAGUCGGCCCACUUAGAGGCUCAUGGGGCACUUGCACACCAUCUAGAACAUGCACAGCUGCCUGCUGCAUUGUUCCCAGUUAGGAAGGCAGAGUGUCGCCAUGUUUGCACGUUUCAGCUCAUGCCCGAAAAGCCGUCCUCAGGGUCUCCAUAAGAACGGCCCUGAGUCUGCUUUUCCCCAGGGCAGGAUGGCCGUGGUGUGCCUUGUCGGACGAGUACCGUUGGAAGGAAGUAUAAUAAAUCUUUAAGUCUGA